GAGAUUGAUUUAUUUAAAAUUAAAGGAAAGCAGAAGUUAUUUUUAAAGACAAGAGUUUUUACAUCUGAAGGAGCUGAUUACUUUCCAGUAAUGCUGGGCAGUGGACAGUGAAAUAAUGCAGGGGGGCUGGAAAGCACCGUCCGUCAUUUUUACAAGAAGCAAAGCGCCUCUCCCGCUCCUCUCUGACGAUAAACGGCUCCUGCAAUCAGGGAGCCGCUUUGCGCACCGCUUGGUGAUUGCUUCUGCAGGUGCUGGGCCACGGGAGCUCCUCUUGCCACCUUUUUUCAGAGUAGUUGGCACUCCUGUAGUGCUGGGUGGACCGAGCUGAGCCCCGGGUGCAGCCCUGCUGUGGCAGGGAAGGGGAGCAGUGGGGUGCGCCGCUCUGGAGGUUUUGGGUUCUUUUGGGUGAAGCCCGUGGACAGGAGAAAGCCUGGGGCUGGGACGGCAGGAGCCGCUGCUGGCUCACGCAGGGAGCAUCCAGGCUGGCAUUCCUGGUCUCUGGGGCAGGGAGUGCCACGGAGGGGCAGCUCCAGGCAGGUUUCUGGGGCUACCCAGCCCUCUCCAUGGGCUCCAGCUCUCUUGGAGCUCACCGGCAGCUCGGGCCCUGGGGCGGGGGCUGCCAGACCCGUCCUGAGGCUCAGUCCAUGCUGCAGGGGAUCCCGCAGGGGUGGUGCUCGGGUCUCUGUAGGCUCGGGUCUCUGUAGCCCUCUCCAGGACUGCCCAGGACCUUGUGCAUUGGGCUGGGGGCCACUGGGUCCGGCCUGGGGCCUCCUGACCUUGUUGGUGUCCCUUUGAACCCUGGCACGCCUCCAGCCUAAGCCGUGCGGUGCAAAGACCUGGGCGAGCAAGCGCAUCACAUGCUGCUUAAUGCCGCGUCUGUAGCUAAGCACCUUCCGACAGGGACCCAGAUGACGCCGCCCGGCGCCUUCUCCAGGGAAUGGGGGCCGCAAAGGGGGGCAGGAGCGGAGAGGGGGGGCGUCUCUGUCUUUACUCGGGUCAAUCAUAGAGACGGGAUUAAGAUAAUUAAUUCCUUCCCCCCCACCCCAGUAAUUAGCAACCUAGGCAGGGGCUGGGGAAGAGCGGCCAAGACGUGUGGGGGCACGGGGUGGCCCCGGUGGCUGGGGGGGGGGGCCCUGUUCUGUGCCCGCCGCAGCCGGGCACCCCGCGGCCUGGGCCCCGGGAGCUGGAGGCAGCGCCAGGCGGGUGCAGAUGGCGGGGAGCUGGCGGCCGCAGAGCUGCAGCUGGGACAAUGGCGGGAUUGUGCGGCGGCGGGGCUGCUGGCUCGGCACGGCUGCCCCUCUGCUCCGGCAGCUGGGUGCUUUCCAGGGCACCCGGCUGCGACGGCCGGCAGCGCGCUUGGGUGGAGAGGGUACACGGUGGCGGCUCCGGGAGUCGUCGCCCCCAGGGGCAGCGGGGAAGGGGCUGUGGGGGGCCUCGUCCCGCUGGCGCAGAGCCUAAAGCGCAGCGCUCCCAGCCCAGGUUGCUGUGGGGCACUCUGGGGGUGCCCGUGGGUCCUGCAAGUGACAGGUGGGGACAACGAGCAGCGGGACCCACGCAUGCCUUGCCUGCAGCCGCUCUGAGGGUGGGAGUCCCAUGGUCCUCACUGUCCUUGGGGAAAGCCAUUUACGAGCAGCACACAAAGCCCUUCCCCUCCUGGCAGGCUCUGCGGUGAGCAGCCCACGUCGGCGGAGGCUGCGGGGUUCGCUCAGCCCCGGCUGGGGGGGGCUCCAAGCUGCUGGGACCUGAUUUACACAGCGGGGUGGGACCAGAGAGCAGGUUCCUGAUACAGCCAGCUGGAGAGGGCUGGCCGUUACGGCCGACCGCGGGGGAAGAUGUGCCCUUGGAAAUAACUGAUGGAGACGGAGACCGCAGCGUGCUGCUGUGCAGAGAGAGGCGUGGAGGUGCAGGGCUGCCAGGAGCACAGCCAGGAGGGAGCCGGGCAUCGGGGGGGCUUGGCGGCAGCAGCAAGCUCCAGCUGGGGCCGACGUCCUGCAGCCAGUGUCCUCCCUGCUUCAGUGCCCACAGCCUGCCGUCCUGUGGCAUGGGGCUGGGGGCCCCAUGGGGAGGGCCACGGCUGGCAGCGAGCCCCCAGCUUGCUGCGGAAGGUGAGGGGCAUCCUGCUGUCCCACUUGCACUGCAGCAAGGCCAGCAACAUGCAGCGGGGUUUCAAAGAAGGGAGUGCGACAAAGAGCCCCAGAAAGUGUCUGAGUGAUAGCAGAGUCAGCUCAGGCUCCAUCUGAUUAUGGGGAGGGAGGACAGAAGCGUGAGUUUGGCAGGCUGGUAAAUCCGGGUCUGAUCCAGCACGGUGCCCUGGGGCUGCAGAUCCCUGCUCAGUGGCUGGGUCCGGCUGUGAGCCGCUGCCUGGGUGUGCGGGGCAGGGCCCAAAGUGGAGUGGCCCUGUGCAGCCACGCGGCGCUGCCGGUUGGAGCUGUGGGCCUGCUGCUGCCAGCCUGCAGCCCCGGCCCAUCGCUGCCUAGGCACGUGGGGCCUCUGUGCUCGGCGGGGCUUCUUCUGGCCCCCAAGGUGGCUGGCAGGGGACGAGCCCAUUUUGCGCUCUCCCAGCCGGCCACAGCAUGGAGGGGCAGCAGUGACCGAGCUCCUGCAGCCGCUGCGAGGGGAGCCCGGGAGCCUCCAACCCAUCGGGUGCCGCACCAAGUGCUGGCGCUGCUGGCGCUCCUGCUGCAACGGGCUGAGCCCUGCUGGGUGUUGCACACUUGGCGCUUGCCCCCCGAUCUGCGCCCACGUGGCCACGGCCCUUCCCUCACCUGGGCAGCGGCUCGGUGCCAGCUGCCCAGCGAGCUGCCCGGAGGCAGGCGCUGCCCGCCGCAGGGGGAGCAGGGCUGCCGCCCCGAGCGGCGGAAGAGGAGAAGGGCCGCAGGAAAGGCGGUCACAGGCGGGCGUGAGAUAACGCCGCCGGGCUGCUUUAUCUCACAUCCUCCCGUUAGAUGCUUUUCCUGCCGCGCUCCCCUUCUGGCCCCAGCACCAGUCGCUUUUGUCAUUAAGGUGUGACCCGUCCUAACGCCGCAGGAGCGAGCCGGGGAUGGGGACGGGGCCCGCUGCUCCCCGGCACCCCGCGGCCGCCCGGACGGAGCCGCGUCCUGGCCUUGCUGCCGACCUCUCCCUGCCCGGCCCGGGGCUGGGCCACGGCGCUGCACACGUGGCCGCCAGUCGGAAGGGCAGGCUGUCCUGCCGCUGCAGCCCUCCCUUCCCACGUGAAUUGGAGAGCUCCAGGCUGGAACCCGAGUCCUGCAUCGAUCCACACUGCAUCUUAAAUCCCGCAGCAGCUGAAGCAAGCGGUUUUAGUGCAAGGGUGGGGGUGUUUUUCUCCGCAGGCGAGCUGUCUCCUGUGUCGGGAGCCGUAUGUUUUGUAUCAGAGCCGCAGAGUAUGUCUUUGCACUGAAAUUGUACUGAAGACCUUUGCAGUCGACCCUGGAGGAUACGCCCCGUUCAUGAGCGUUCCCGUUUAAGCUUUCUCCGGUGGCUGGUGUGCUGGUGCUACAAGAAGGGCUUUGGGGGUCUUCUGCUUUGGUUUUGGGGUGCUUUUUUUUUGGUUUGGUUUUGUUGUUCUGCUCCGUGCACCAUGUCGAAUUCGGGCUCCCAUCAAGACACUGGGAACAAGCCAGAGACGGAAAAAAAUAAUCAAGAUGACUCUCAUCCCCCUGUCAACUCCGAAAGGAGGAACAAAAGUGGAAUAAUAAGUGAACCUUUGAACAAAAGUCUUAAGAAGUCCCGUCCACUCUCCCACUAUUCCACCUUUGGUAGCAGCAGCUCGGUAAGCGAACAUUCAGAGAAAGGCAACCCCUUAACUAAUGGCAACGAAGCAACUGUGGAAAAAAGUAAUUCUACCUCAAAGCACAAAAACAUCUCUAGUAUGCUGAGCAAAUUAGACAGGGUGUCAGAAAUCUCCUCAGAAGGACAGAACGCCCUACAACAGUUUGCUCAGUCGACAGAAAUGCUCAAAAGAGUGGUACAGGAGCAUAUUCCUCUAGCAAGCGACCAUGGGACUGGUAUCUCUGAUAUGGAGGCAGUCUCAGCUGCAGAGACAAUGAACAGCCCCUCUGAUUUUCCUUACCUGGGGGCUUUUCCCAUCAACCCAGGCCUUUUCAUUAUGACCCCUGCUGGCGUGUUUCUGGCAGAGAGCGCGCUCCAUAUGGCUGGCUUGGCAGAGUAUCCAAUGCAGAAUGAAUUGGCAUCUGCCAUCAAUUCGGGGAAAAAGAAACGGAAAAGAUGUGGCAUGUGCCCGCCCUGCCGAAGACGGAUAAACUGCGAGCAGUGCAGCAGUUGUAGGAAUCGCAAAACUGGCCACCAGAUUUGCAAAUUCCGAAAAUGUGAAGAACUCAAAAAGAAGCCUUCUGCAGCACUGGAGAAGGUGAUGCUUCCUACAGGAGCCGCGUUCAGAUGGUUUCAGUAGGAACGGGAAUCCCAAAGCUCUGUCAUCCAAGUGCAAUGUCACUGCUUGCUUGUGUUGUCUCAGGCAAGGGAUUUUUGGCUGAAAUGAAUGGAUGCACCUGUGUCUCUUUAGAACCAAAAAUAUUUUCUCGCAAAUUUCAUUCCUGUUUUUAUAAUUUUUUUUUUUGCGUUUGUUUAACAUCUUCGAGUCCUAGUCAGACAUUUAACUGCUUUUCAAAUAAAAUAAUUAAAAGAAAAAAACAAUGGAUCUGUAAAGUACCAAGACUUAAUAGACAGAGUAUGGACAAUCAGUUUCUUUCUGUGUUUUGGUGUUGAUGUUGUUUAUGUGUGAAAGAUGCAGUACUUGUGUAGGGAAUGUAAAUUUACAGUAACCUUUUAAAAUCUAGUUACUAAUAAGCACUACUGUAAUUUAGCACAGUUGUUUAAUUGCACCCUCAUUUAUACUUUUUAUUUGAUUAUUUCCCAUCAUACAAUAGAGUGGAUAGUUUCUAGAAUGCCUCAACUUCAUGUUUAUAAAUGAGAAUAUGUUUAAAGCGAUGUAGUAUCCCUUCUCCUAGCCAUUCACGUAUGUAAGUUUAACCAGCAAGAGGUUUGGUAUAAAAGAUGGAAGAAAACAAUUGCUACAAAAAUGGUGGUCUUUGAAAAAGGAAAAAAAGAGUAAAAAAAAAAGAAAAAAAUGUCAUUGUUAGUUUAUUAAUAUAGAACAAGAAAUACUGCAUACAGAAAAAAUCCUAAUUGCAAUGGUUUACUUCUAGAAGUAAUUUUUGUAAACUUACUGAAGUUAAAAUCAAAAUAAAAAUAAUAUUGCAGGACCUGUGCUGAAGCAGUUAUGAAAAGUGAUAUUUCUCUUCUGUUCAAAUCCCCGUCUCUCCAGCUCUCUACAUCAUUAAAUUGAAAUGCUGUUUGUAAUGUUUUAGCGAUCCAGGCUGUUUUUGUGAAUAAAAUGAAUGCAUGUUUUGUGUCAUGA